UAUUGUCUACAUUCGAGAAAAUACAGUCUCAAAUCCCUACAGAUCAAAAUAACAAUUCUACUUCGGGUAGAAUUUCUUUGCACAAUGAUUUAAAUGAACAGUAUCAAAUCAGAGAUUUUGACGAGUUGAGUUUGCAACCUGGCAAUAAUGAAAUGAGACAAAUGUUACAUGAUGGGUCAUUUAGCAGGUCUGUCUCGCCACAUCGUUCUAUUUUGUCAGAAAAUAGCUCUAAGGUUAGCCAUUCCCAAUCAGGGUUGUCCGACUCGCCUGAAGAAGGUGAAAUUGAGAGAUUUAGCAGAUAUCAAAAUAUUACAGGCAAACAUAAAUCUCAAGAAGUUUUAGAACAGCCAGAUACUUUAGGGAAAAAAUUUGGACAUGAUGCCUUAGUUGCUAAACCAAAAUCGCAGGCUGGUCUUGUUUUAGAAAAGAAUCAAACUGACAUUUUGAAACAAUCUUGGCGUUCAGCAGAUCCAUCUAAAAUGUCUUGUUAUCGGGACAGUUACAAACAGUCAUUUCCUAUUCAUGAAUCGUGUGAAGACUGGUUCAAGGUACCUACUCUUGAAAAUACAAUAGAAGUGCUAUUGACAAAGAGAUAUGGACAUUGGGCAGCUUUUGGGAAUGCUCCGUCUUUAUUUGGUAGAAAUAUGAAAUCCUUAGAAAAACUAGCUUUCCAAGGUCAGCUUGCUUCAAGAAUGGCGCUUAUUACUACUUGUUACGCUCAACAAGCUUUAGGUAGUCUUUUGGAUACACUUUCUCAAAAAAAUCCUAAUGUGGACAGUGCUGUUCAAAAUGUACGUGAUUUAUUUGCUAUCACAUCAAAAACGCUUGACCAAAUUGGGAGAUCAGGGGCUCUCCACCACCUUAUAAGAAGAAAGUCUGCCCUAUAUGACACAGGACUUAGUGAAUACAAAGACUACGCAUCUACUGUUAUGUCUCUACCUCUUGCAAGUGAUGGUAUAUUUGGUUCAGAGUUUGAUCAAAAACUGAAGAGCAAACAAGAAGUUUCUAAACAAUUAUCUGAUCUUUUACCAAAUAUUAGCUCUCGUUACAGCGGCUACUCAAGCCAGUACAAGAGGAAAGGCAACACUUUACCUCCAAGAGAGUAUGUUAAAAGACCACGUCUGGAAUCUGAAUAUAAACCUAGAAGCUCAAAUUUUUCCAGAAUACCAAAGACUUCGUUCUCAUCAGGACGACGUUCAGCUACACUUACUGGAAAGCCUAUGGUAUCACAACGUUCAGAAGGUGCUCCGACCUACAAGCGCUCCGGCUUGGGGAAGGAUAUGUAAACAUACAGAGCAGAGGCAUAACAUUUUUAAGACAGGGACUUUCCAAGCAGGAUCGCCCAUCUCACCAAGGUUCUAAGAUUUUUGUUCCUUGUUUUAAUGACAACAAGAAGUUGGAUCCAAAAAGGACACUUUAUUUUUAUCUGAAAAGAACAGACAUUUUUCGAAAACUUCCAGAUGGUACAGAUGAAGUGAAGUUAUUUCUGUCAUAUGUUAAACCACAUAAGCCAGUUACGAAACAAACUAUUUCGAAUUGGAUUGUUCAGACAAUCAAAAUGGCAUAUGAAGAAAAAAUCCAAGUCAAGGCUCACUCAACUAGAGCUAUUGGCCCUUCAUGGGCACUGUUUAAUGGAGCGUCUGUAAAGAGCAUCCUUGACUGCGCUGAUUGGUCAAGGGAAUCAACUUUCACUAAGUUUUAUCUAAGGAAUGUGGAUAUGAAUGUUCUUUCGUCAGGCUGUAAAUAGGAAGAAUUUUGAAAAGUUUUAGUUUCUGCGAGUUGGAACAGACAGUAAAAUGAAAUUACAGUGAAUGUCUUUAACUUUAUUACAGGAUGAUAUCAAAGUUUAUAUGUGUAUGUAAAUAAUAACAGUUACAAAGAGUAACUCUGAUGUGCCCAACCAUUCAUAGAUUGGAUGUGCAUUAUAUAUAUAUAUAAGUGUGUAUUAAUUUUUUUGGUGUGUGUACAUAUUCCUUUUUUGUACUGUGAAGUUUGAAGAAACUGAAAUACAGAAAGAAAAUUCCCAGCCAUCCUUGAGAGGUAAGGCUUUUAAAUCUAUCCUAAUGUAGAAUACAGUGGUAAGAAGAAAACGAGUGAAAUAAAAUUGAUGAAUUUUAUUUAUAAAGUUGUAAUUUUAUGAAGGAGUUUUCUUCUUACCACUGUAAUAUAACCCUCCCAUCCUCCCCUCAACAUUUUCUAUGGGGAAAGAAACAAAACUGAAUUUACUCAG